AUGAAACCUUCAGGCCGUACUGUAAUGAAGGCUGAUGAACCUGGUGUCGGAGAUGAAGGUCAAGGCAUGACACCUAAACUUUUUUCAUACAAAAUUUUCGCCUCUACACUAAAGUCAACGAUUUGUGAUGAGGUGGAGUUCGCUGACGAAAGGAUGACGUACGGUUCGGGAAUGCAUUCCGAGCAGCUGAAGGGCCUCAUCACCAGGAAAUCUCAGUUUGAUGAUCAGAAAAAUCGACGACAAACGGAACGAAUGUCUCGUGAUUGA